AUGGAGGACACGUGCCAGGAACCGACGCUGGAGCCAACCACGGCCAGCGAGGAGUCGGACGAGCAGCAGUCGCAAGAGCAGCAGCAGGAGCCGGCACCACGAAUCACUGCGGCUCAGGAUGUGAACUCGUCGAAAGCUUCCUUCGAAAGUUCGUUCACCGUGACCGAUUGCAACUGUUCGUCGUUGAUCGUCGAGACGGACCAUCCUGAGCAGCAGCUCGUGAUCGAGGAUCUCAUCGAACCGCAGCUGAACGAGUGCGAAGAGAAGUUCAAAUCGCUGUCCAUCGGCCCCGAGGAUGUGGUGGCCGGCGUGACGGUAAUCGGCAAUGGAGGCGGUGGUGAUGGGAGCGAUAGUGGCGUCGAAUUUGGAGCCGGAUCCGGGUCCCUCACCGAGACGGGUGUGCUGCAGCGGGCCCUCAGCAAUAACAGUGCCGGAUACGCGAGCAGCUGCUGCGGAUUGGAUGGCGGUGUCGGUGGAGGGAGCGUCGACGGUAGUGGUGUCGGUGGCGGUGGCGGAGGCAUGAGUUUGUCGUGCAACUCGAGCAUGAUAAGCUACAGCUCGGAUAUCUACGAUAAGACUGGUGCCACGGUCCUGUGCGGUGGGCGGCUCAGCGCGGAUUACUGCGCCAGCGAGGGCGGCAGCGAGAGUUCCUCGGUGACGGGCGGCCCCGUCAGCUCGUCGCUCCGGAAGCCGGGUGGCUGCGGGCUGAAGAAGAAGGUGGCCCUAAAGGAGCCCCCCUCGAGCCGGUCGCCACGCAAGUCGACGGAGAGUGUAUCGUCGAGCAGCGGGAGGAGUAGUUCGCGGUCGCGGGGCUCUUCACUCGGGCGAUCCGUUUCGCUUAACCUCAAAUCGACGCCACCGGCAUCGGCCGUGGCCGCGAGUGCCGCCGCCCGGGAGCGGGCUCGUUCGCGGGAUAAAUCGCUUGGUGGAGUCGGGGCAGGAAGUGUGGCCAGUCUGGGCCGCAUCACCCAGACCCCGACCAAACCGAUGCCACCGCCACGGCGCCCACUGAAGCCGGACACACUGCCCACGGGCGCCCGGGACUCGCCUUCGGCCACUGGGCAGCGGGCCGUUUCCGUUUCCCGCACGCCGUCCAUCACGCGGGGACGUACGCCGCUGGGCACACCGACGGAUGAUGGCCGGUGGCCAUCGGUAGGCGGUAAGGGUGGGGCGGCUGGCGGAAACACGACACCACGUUCCACUCGGGCCGGUUCGGCCGCACCGGAAGCGGCGGGGCUCUCGAUCAAAACACGUGUCGGAACGUUGGCCUUGGGUGACGGGAAACCUUUACCCCCCGGCGGCGGCGGUGGUUGUGGUCCAAUGAGCUUACCCAGCGGUGUCGCCAGCUACGCCACGCUCCCCCGACGGCGCAAGGAACGCUCGGCCGAAGAUCUGAAAGCGGCCAGCGGAGGUUCCAGCUCGCGCAGUAAUUCCGUGACGCGCGAACAAGCUUCGAGUCGCAUGUCGGUGUCACUGUUCAAGAAGGCUCCUUCGGUCGGUGCGGGGUCUGCGGGAAGUAGAGGCGAUGCGUCCCCGCCGGUCAAAAUGGCAUCGUCGCAUCCGCGCCUCUCGUCGGUGGCGUCAUCGUCCGGCAAGAAGAUGAUGCAGAUCCAUAAAACGAGAAUCUACCAUGAAACCGGCGUGCAGACUGCGAUCACGGGACAGGAUGUGGUGGACGCGUUCGGAGGCAAUGCACGCAACGUGCGUAUCGACGCGGUCGAGACGGUUUGUGCGCACACGCAAUCGGACAUCCGGGACCGCGAGAUGGAGCGGCUGGAGGAGAAGCUGCGCAAGAUGAGCGCCGAGUGCGCGGCGCUGAUGACAAAACUGUCGGACAAAUCACAAACGGUGACGGCCCUCGAACAGAAGCUGCUGGUGGAGCGCGAGGAAAAGCUGACGGCCCAGAAGGAGCUGCAGACCAACACGGACCGCGUUCUGGGCAUGCUGGAGUCGAUGCAGGCCAUCCCGCACAGCGCGGACACGGGCGAUUGCGAUAGUCUGCUGAUGCUGGAGUCGCAACUCCAACUGUCCGGCAGCGUGCUGGAGAAGAAGCAGGAAGAGAUCGCCCGGUUGCAGUCGAUUUGCCGGGCGCUCCAGAUGGACAUGGGCCGCUCGCUCAAGAACCAGGAGGAACUGUUGCGCCAAAAGACCGAACUCGAGGAGGAGUCGUGCGAGAUGCAGGACUUUUUGCAGAUGGAGAAGCAGUCCUGUAUGGACGCGCUGAAGGAGGCGGAACAGGAGAUCGUCCAGCUGCGGGCCAAUUUGCAGCAGAAGGAGAGUAGCGUCGAGCGGCAGCAGGAAGAGUGCCGCCAUCUAGUCCGCAUAGCCGAGCAGCGAAGGCAAGAGUAUCUGGGCAUGCAGGCCAAGUACAAUGCGCUCGAGAGCCGCUCGAAGGACAUUCUGCUCCAACAAGGAGCGGCCGUUUCUGGUGCGUCCGUUGCCCUGUCUGGGUUGGGCUCGCGGCUUGACAACCUCGUCGAGCAGCUGAUCGCCUCGUACAACAUCUCCGAGCAGGAUCUCGAGGACGUGAUCUACCAUAACGAAGCGUACACCAACAGUGCCAGCAGCGGGGAUGGUAGUCCGGAGUACGAACAAACGGCUGAAAAGUAUGCGGACAAGAACCACCCACCACACCAGCAGCAAGACCAACCGCAACAUGCGCUUCAACAAUCCCAGACCGGUGCGAAGGGCGAUCCGAAGCAAAGUGGAGACGGUAGUGACGUCCCGCUAUCACCGCAGCGUGGUCAAUCGUUCAUUGCGGCCGUCAUAAGCGCGAUCAAGAAUGCGACCAGCAAGACGCCACACGUUAAGACGAAUCCGGCUCCCAAUCCGGGUGGUCCCGCAAACCGGGAGUGUAAAGAAAACAAUGGCCAUGAAUCCGACUGCACUGAGAUGCUUGACUCGGAAACGGAACCGUGCCUGAUGAUGGACAACGUGCUGGAGGAUGUCGCCAUGCCGGAUUCACAUUCCCACAACAUGGUGUCAUCGUCGACGCGCAUCUCGCAGAUCGAGAUGCCAUCGUCGUUGGAAAGUGGUGUCGGAGCGACCACCGCUCUGAUGGCGCACGACGAAUCGUUCGACAAUCUGUCGCAGGCGAUCGCUAAUCGUCAGCAGAUCGAGCUACAGUCGAACAUGAUUGCCAGUGGACGUCCGGCACGGUUCCACCACUCGACCAGCAGUGAUCAACCACCGCGAAGCAGCGCGGCGACGACCGGUUCGGCGGCGGCUGCUUCGGCGGUCGUUGUUGUAACAACGGCCCCGGAUCAUACUACGGCCAGUCAUUCUUCCUCGCUGGACGAUGAGGAAAACAGUUGCUGCGCGGAGGCCUCGAUGGCGGAAAUGCCUUCGAUCUGCGAGUACUGUAACGCCCAGUCGCUGGUCGAUCAGGUGAUUGAUGUCGAUAAUCUGAUCACCAAACUGCUGAAGGUCCUACGAAUCGUACAGAUGGAUAACGAUCACUGCAUCCAGGAGCUGAUCAAUCACAAGAACAAACUAGCGAUCACGAACGAAGAGAUUCAGGAUCGCGUGAAAGAGUACGAGGAGCUCAACUAUAAGUUGCAAGAUGAUCUGAAGGACGCUUAUCAUCAGCUGCAAGUGCGUGGAAGUGAAGUGAACAGCGGAAAAGUGGAACUGAUGAAACACCGACAGGAAAUCGAUAAACUAAACGAAGACAUUUGUCAACUAAGCACACUGUGCAGCGACAGUAAGCAGCAGCAGUCGAAGAUUGUGAUUGAUCGCGACGAGAUCAUCAAGGCAUUUAAGCUGUGCCAAGAAGACGGAGCCGUUCCCGAAGUGGAACUACCACAGGUCAUCCUACAAGCAUGCAAUGAGAUUCCCAACUUGAAAGCAAAGUUAUACGAAAAGGAGCAACAGUUGGCCGCAAUGGCUGGUAAUGCGGCGACUGGAGCAAACUUUGUGAUGACCGCCAGCUGGCACCAAGCAUUAAGCGAAGCCAAGCGUCAAUAUGAUGCCAUCGACCGAGCGCUGGAGACUCUGGACAGUGUCAAGUCGAUAGUGCAGCAAACUCCGGCCUUAAUGGAACUACAGCGUGAUCUGGAAGAGACUAACUUUGCGUCCGCAUCCAGCUUCCCGCUGGUCACCGCUGCCCAGCUUAGCCAGUUGCAAGCCGGUAGCAAUGGGAAUGUGGCCAGUUUGAAUGGAAACGGUGGCAUCGUCGAUCUGAAUGCCAACGAAACGACAAUUGCGGGACUGCAGCUCAAUCAGGGGGCCGACCCGAGCUGCUACAUCGAUUCGACUGCUUAGGGACCGAGCGAUUGCUCGAGCGAUAGGACAAACUAUUUAUUAUUUUCACGCAUCACAUGUCAACAGUCUUGUUUCACCGUUUUUAAAGUUUCGUUCAAUUCCUUCCUGUUCCAUCAUGUAUUGUAUGUUGUUAAGCAUUUACAAGCACGUGCCCUAAGGAAGUACUGUAAAGUAAAUUUGCAAUCAUUCUCAAUAGCCUUUUUGUUACAGCAUUUCGACUUUCUUUUCCUUCAAUAGUGUUGCGUCUUCCUCUAGGAAGCAUAACAAAAGACGUUCGUCGGAAGAUUUAAAAGCAAAUGUUACGGAGCAUUCAACUAUGGGGCCCUCCCGAAAGGCUCGCCACCAUGUCAUUGAUAGAUCUUAGCCGUAGGUUUCGAUUGUGAUUUGCUGUUCAUGAUAUUAUAUAGAAACGUAUAGAGCAAAACAGAAACUAGCCCAUGUGUAGAUCAUACCGG